UCAUUGGCAGUUUGGCUCAAUUUCAGUUUGGUGACGUCACACCUCUUCUAAAAUGAGCAACGCUUUUUUACUCUAGAUAAAGACAAAAAAAAACUGAAAUCUAUCAAUCCCUGGGUGGGGGUUUCCUUUUUUCUCCACCCUUCCAGCCCAUUUCUUGGUCUCCCCUCCCGCUGCUGCUCCUCCUCCUCCUCCAGCAGCAGCGGCAGCGGAAGGCAACUAUUUGCCCGGGACACAUACGUGAGCUUCCUCAAAUUGGCGCGCUAAUCCUAAAAGGAGCCAUGAAGUGUUAAAUGGCAGAAAGAGGCAGAGCGGCGCUCAGACUCACGCACGCCGGGAGAGAGGCUGGGAACACCGCUGCUGCUCCACUGCGUCACAUCGAAGGGGAACACAUAAAGAAAAAAAGAAAAAUACACCCAAACUUCUCUUCCGAAGCAACUCGGCGCUGCGCAAGUAGUGCGGAGCCCCGGCCGUACUUUCCUUCUUCUUUUUUUCUUUUUUAAUUUCCCAACAAUCCAAAUAAAGAAAGAAAUCAAGCUGGCUCAGUGCGUGUCUCAACAGCCCAGUUUGACAGGUGCUCCUCACCCCCUUUGGAGGACUGUCAACAGCAAGAGGAUGGCAUCAGAGCUGGCAAUGAGCAACUCCGACCUGCCCACCAGUCCCCUGGCCAUGGAAUAUGUUAAUGACUUCGAUCUGAUGAAGUUUGAAGUGAAAAAGGAGCCGCUGGAGCCCGAUCGCAGCAUCAGCCAGUGCAGCCGCCUGGUCGCCGGGGGAUCCCUGUCUUCCACCCCGAUGAGCACGCCCUGCAGCUCGGUUCCCCCCUCUCCAAGCUUCUCGGCGCCCAGUCCGGGAUCAGGGAGCGAGCACAAGGCGCACUUGGAGGAUUUCUACUGGAUGACCGGCUACCAACAGCAGCUUAACCCCGAGGCUCUGGGCUUUAGCCCGGAGGACGCCGUAGAGGCGCUGAUCAGCAGCAGCCACCCGCUUCAGAGCUUCGACGGCUAUGCCAGGGGGCAGCAGUUCGCCGGGGGGGCGGCACCGGCGGGCGCCAUGGCCGGGGAGGAGAUGGGCUCGGCGGCCGCCGUGGUGUCGGCGGUCAUCGCUGCGGCCGCGGCGCAAACCGGAGCGCCCCACCACCACCACCACCACCACCACGCGGGGGCACACCACCCGUCGUCCGGGUCCCAGUCCGGCGGCGGCGGCGGCGGCGGCGGAGGAGGAGGCGGAGGCGCAGGGGGCAACCACCAUCACCAUCACCACCAUCCGCACCUGCGCCUGGACGAGCGCUUCUCGGACGAGCAGCUGGUGACCAUGUCGGUGCGGGAGCUCAACCGGCAGCUGCGCGGGGUCAGCAAGGAGGAGGUGAUCCGCCUCAAGCAGAAGAGGAGGACGCUAAAGAACCGCGGCUAUGCCCAGUCGUGCCGCUACAAGCGGGUGCAGCAGCGGCACGUCCUGGAGGGCGAGAAGACGCAGCUCAUCCAGCAGGUGGACCACCUCAAGCAGGAAAUCUCCCGGCUGGCCAGGGAGAGGGACGCCUACAAAGAGAAGUACGAGAAGCUCAUCACCACCGGCUUCCGAGAAAACGGGGGCUCCGCCAGCGACCACAACCCCUCGUCCCCGGAGUUUUUCAUGACAUCAAGAAAAUUCCUCCAUCUGUGAUAGAGAAUUUGGACUUCAACGUCCCGUAACCCUCAGUCAGAGAUAUCCCUCCACUGGAACGCUGACGUUUCAAGACGGACAAAUAGCACCCCGACUGCCAUUAAGCACAAGGUCUCAAAAGGCAACCAAACUAACGGCGGCGCAACUUUGACCCCUCAUGCCCCCAAAUCCCUGCCAAGUAAAAAAAACAAAAACAAAACAACAACAAAAAA